AUGAAGUCCGUCUGCAGGGCUCCAUCGGCUAGGCAUGCGCGCCAUGUCGUUCGCGCUGCGACAUGCGCAUCAUGCAGCUCAGCACCGCGACCAUUCUCCGUCCUCAACCGGCCCCCGCCGAACUAUCCUGGCCAUGUGCCUCUGACCACCAUCGAGCGUGCCAGUCUCGCCAUUGGCUCCGGCCUCAUGUCCUUGGUUGAUCCGCGACGCGGAGUCUUCCCGAAUAACACCGUCGGCCGUGCUACGUCGGCUGCUGACCGCGAGGGCGGUGUCCCCCCGAACACGGCGCGCCCGCGUGGCAUGACGACGAGAGUGCGCUACGUCCGCCUACCGUCAUGGCAGCCGCUACGCGAAUGCCACGACUUUUACCACGCUCUGACCGGCCUCCCCGUGUAUCGCGAGGGAGGAGGUGGCGCUCAAGGCUUUCGAAUUUAUGAACACCAUGAUCCCCAUGACCGGGCCUCGCUGUUGCGAGCUACUUCACCAUGA